AUGACACUCUCCGAAUACGUUCUUAAGAAUUACGAAAAUGUUUUUUCAAUGCAACCAGAAGAUAUACCAGAUCUUGGUAGCUCUGUGUUGAUUCCGCGUUUUCCAAAGGAAGUAAUCGGAAAGAUUUGUACAGAUGCUAUAACAGUUCUUCAAAACAGCAGUGCUCUCCGUAACAUAAAUACAAAUGUCAUAGUCGUUGGGGAUUUACAUGGCAAUUUGCACGAUUUAGUCAGAAUUUUAAUUAAAAAUGGUUUACCUCCGAAGAAAAAUUACCUCUUUUUAGGAGACCUUGUUGAUCGUGGAAGCUACUCUAUAGAGGUUGUCACUCUAUUAUUAUCCCUUUUAAAUGUAUAUCCAGAUAAUAUCACAAUUUUACGCGGAAAUCAUGAAUACGCAGACAUCAACGAAAAAUUCGGAUUUAAAGAAAGCGUUAAAACCCAAUUUAACGAUGAAGUUUUAUGGGAAACAAUCAAUGAAGUUUUUUCUUAUUUACCAAUCGCUGCUAUCAUUAAAGGUCAUAUUUUCUGCGUUCAUGGUGGAGUCUCACCGGAAUUAAAUUCUCUUAAGGAUAUCGAAAGCUUAACAUUUCCUAUCUUAGAAUGCCCUGCUUUAGUUGCCAGUUUACUCUGGUCUGAUCCGGUAGAUUCCAUAACAGAAUACAGCCCAAGCUCUAGAGGCCUUGGAUAUGACUAUGGGCCAGCAGCAACAGAACAGUUUCUUAAAAAGGUCAAUUGCGAUACUAUUAUCAGAGGUCAUCAAAGUGUUGCCUCUGGAAUUAAAAAGGACCACAACGGAAAGGUUAUUACAGUCUUUUCAACCAGUAAUUAUGGAGAUUUAGAUAAUGUUGCGGCAUUUAUUAAAAUUGAUCAGGACAUAAAAGAAGUAAUUAUGGAGCCUAUUACAAUACCUACGAAUCUUACGAUGUUUGCCAAAAUUCCAAAUCCGACUACAAAUCAGUUUUCUGCUUCAUGUAAGAAGAUGCAGACAGCACCAAUGUUCUCAAACAAAAUCAUGGUUGCAGCUAGACGCGCUCCUCUUAUGAAAUCUGCUAAAGUUCCCGCAAAUAGAAAAUCAGUCGGAUUAUUUUCGUAA